AUCUCAAACGUUUAUUUUUCCGGGGAACGGAAAACAAACAAGUCUGAUUGAACGGGUCAUUCCUCGAGGACGUUGCUUACGUGCCAAGCAUUCCUUCUCCUUCUCCUACUGUUCGGCAUGGUCAGAAAUAGGUCGGCGGAAAGCCCAAACGAUCCUAAUUAGUGUGACGCUGCAUGUUGCUAUGACAGCUGGCAUCGGGUAUGGACAUGGGCGGACCCACCAACCCAAUGGGACCAUGUGGUUCUCACUGCUGAUUUGUUGUGAUUUGUUUCCAGAUAGAGGAAAGAGAGAGAGCGAGUAUGAACAGCAGCAUAAGAACGGGAGGCGAGACAAAUGGAACAGGGCUUUCCCUAAUGAGCUGAUGUCUGGGAUUAUUAACCGAAUACGCCUUUGACAUUUAAUGUCCUCAAGCAGAGUGAAUCAUUGAUAGUAGCCUGGUGUUUUGUUGCUUCUUCUAUCUGCUAUGAAACGGGGCAAUUUGAGGCUUCCUUUAGUUGUUUGUAGGGAUAAAGAAAUAUAACAAAUCCUGUGUCAGUUUAUGAAAUAUUUCCGCUGCCAAGUAGGCAACUAGUUGCGACAGGUGCGCACUGAGCGAGACCAGGAUGGGCAGGCGGGAAAUUCGCAGAGACCACCGCAGCAGCAGCAGCGUGAUGAGCACUGAAGACCGGUCAGAACGGAGGGAGAACAUGCAGGACACGGCAGAUACCGAAACCGGCGAUGAUGGCUCCGAGACCUCAAGUCUGGAAAGCCGUCGUCUCCUCAGCGGGGACAAGCGCCCCAGCCACACCGGGGAAAGUGGCUCUAUGCCGGUGGAAGUGAAGAAGCACCAACAUAAACACAAUUUGAAACACCGCUACGAGGUAAUGGAGACGCUGGGAAAAGGCACCUACGGGAAAGUGAAGAGAGCGGUGGAGAGAACGACCAGGAAGACGGUGGCCAUCAAGUCGAUUCGUAAGGAGAGCAUCACUGAUGAUCUGGACAGAGUUCAUAUCCAGAGAGAGAUAGAAAUCACCUCCGCCCUCAAACACCCCUACAUCAUACGCUUCCACGAGGUGUUUGAGAGUCGUGAUAAGAUAGUGAUAGUGAUGGAGUACGCCAGCAGAGGGGAGUUGUAUGACUACGUCAAUGAGAGGAGGAGACUGGUGGAGACAGAGGCCAGAGACCUCUUCAGACAAAUCACCUCCGCCGUGCACUACUGCCACACGAAUGGCGUGGUCCAUCGAGAUCUGAAGCUGGAGAACAUUCUACUAGACCAGGACCUGAACGUCAAGCUGGCUGACUUUGGCCUGUCCAACCGCUUUAAGAAGGACAAUUUGCUCCAGACGUACUGUGGGAGUCCUCUCUACGCCUCCCCAGAGAUAGUCAAGGGACUGCCCUAUCAUGGCCCAGAGGUGGACUGCUGGGCUAUGGGAGUCUUGCUGUAUGCGCUGGUGUACGGCAGUAUGCCGUUUGACGGGGCCAGCUACAGAGCGCUCACAGAGCAGAUCAGCCAGGGACGCUACCGCAGACCAAACCCUCCCUCAGACGCCUGUGCCCUGAUUGACUGGCUGCUGACGGUGCGUGUAGAGGAGAGGGCCACGGUGGAGGACAUAGCUAACCACUGGUGGGUCAACUGGGGCUAUGAGGACAGUGUAUGUGACUGCCCCUCAUCCCCCCACCAGGACUGCCCCUCCCCGCUGCUCGCCCGCUACAUCGACUGGCAGAACCGGGUUGCCACGGCAACCAGUUGCCCGAGCUCUGACCCUUCCGCUCACCCUCACCCGUUCUACUUCAGCUUCCCCCUGAAGGGUGAUCGCGGGGGAGGGGGGAGGUCGAGGGGGGAGAGGUCAAGUUUAAGGAAGUCGCGUAAGGUGAACACUAUUCCCCAGAAUGCACUGGGAGCAUGUAGUCCAGUUUGUACGACAACUACCAUCAACACCACCACCACCACUGCCGCCUCCAUUUCCUCUUCCUCCAUAGGCCACGUCGAGAGGAAGAAACCAAAGGGGAUUCUGAAACCCCAGCGGAGCUUUGAUUCAACCUUCCUGCCCCCUCCUAGAGUGAUGGGGGAGAACUCCUCCGCCAAGCCCUGCAACCUGCCUCCCCAGCCCCACAGAGCUCACACACACACUCACUCACACAGUGAUGGUCUGUCCACAAGCCUGCCUGCCCCCUCUAUGUUCUCCCAUUCCUCCUCCAUGAUGCCCAAGAAGGGGAUCCUAAAGAACCUGUAUGGUGGUGAGUCAGGGUACUGCUCAUCCCCAGAGAGAGGUAUGUCUGGAGCGGGCACAGGAGUAGGAGGUAGAGGGGUAGAUGGAGAUAUGUGCUGCUCUUACGAUCCCCGCUCCCCCAGCUCAGAGCACAGUCCAACGAUGCGGACGGAAGCAGUGAGAAGGAGGAAAGGCAUUCUAAAGCGCAACGGCAAGUUCUCACACAGCCUGGACCUCCCUGAUGCCCUUCAUCCCUCCUUAUCCUCAGCUCUGGCCCAUUUCCCUGAGGCACUGAACCAGCUCCAUCAGGCCUCUGGGGGCAGCAGACCCCCCAGCGUGGUGAGUGAGGACAGCCUCCUCUCCUCCGAUUCUUUUGACCUGCUGGACCUCAGCGCCCAAUCACGCCGCAGGAUCUUCUCCCGGGGCACCCAAUGCAGUGCUUGCAGCUCAGAAGAGGAACUCGAGGACCCGGUAGCAAGGGCGGCAGACGGGAUUGGAUUAGGAAGAGGGCGGGGCAGAGAGGAGGAAGAUGAGAUGUCAUUGGAGGAGAGACAGGAGAUGCUAAGAUAAGAUAAAGGUUGCGUUCCCCUGCUCAACCAAUGGUUGCGUGCCACAUCAUCGACUGUCCCAUCGGGCACCAGAUUGCUAUAACAUAUGAUGUGGGUAGCUGAUACAUAAAAUACCUAUCCAGGUGUUGUAAGAUCUGGCAUGCGUCAUUAACGCCUGGGUAGAGCAAUGUGCCCACAAUAUGAUAAGCCCAAGAGAUGACUGGACUCUUGUAAUAUCAGUUACUGGUGCUGUCUGAUAGGCCCAACUUACUGACAGACUUUGUCUUUGCUAACCAAAUGACAAAUAAGAAUAAAGAAUUCAGCGGAAGCACCUAGUCAUACAACCUGCAGUGAUCGUAUGUUGAAGGAAAGUCAUCAAGAAAUUGAUUGUUCAUUUCAUCAAGAUCAGUUACUGAUUGGAAUGGAUUGAGACUGCUGUCCUAGUGAUGGGCCAGAUUGGCAUUCCCAAUCUGGCCCUCAUACCAUCAUGGCCAUCUAAUCAUCCCCUACUUCCAGUUGGAUCAUUCAUCCCCCCUCCUCUCCCCUGUAACUAUUCCCCAGGUCGUUGUUGUAAAUGAGAAUGUGUUUUCAGUCAAUUUACCUGGUAAGAUAAGGGUAAAAAAUAAAAUGUCUAUGGAAUCCUGUGGACACGAAGCUAAUGUGCAAUGUUAAAGACAUAGUUCAAAUUGUUCCUUUAAUUCAAGCAUGCUGUUUGUAGCAUCAGCCUUGAGUUGUUUGAUUCCUGCAUGGGCCAAAUAUACUGUAUAAUAUACCCAUUUGAUGUGUUAAUUCUGAGUCACUUUAGUUAAAACAAUGAUCUAAAUGUCUGUACAGUGUAUGUCUUUGACUGGGGUGAAACCAAAUGGUGUCAACGUGGAUGUGUUAUCUCUGUGCCACAAGACAUGUAAUAUUACUCUUAUUUCAUCUGAUUUCACCGACAGCAUGAGCCUUCAGAUAUAUAUAUAUGAUCUCUGAGGUCACAAGAGGCUGACUGAUGGCAUUUUACCAUGGAAUGUGAUCUUAUGAUCAAACAGACUGGAAGAUUGAAUGAGACUUUGAGGAUUUUAAAUCUGGGAUCUGUGUGCUGGAAAAGUGUAAGGGUAUGUGAUUACAUUUGACUGGGAGGCAAGGAGGUAGUUACAUAAAGUAUUAUUGCUUUGGUUUUUGGAUUGGUUCAACCGUUUUGGUACUGUGAAAGAACAAAUAAAUACAAGGAAUGAUGAAAAUGAAUACUUUUUUUCUGGAAAUAGGCCUAAUGUUUUCUGCUGUCUCACUUCCUUCAGAAUGAGCAACGACCAAAAAGCACAUUCAUUUAUCAUAAAUUGCAGGAAGUGUUUGAGGUAUUAAUAACUUGACUGAUUUGUGUCCCUGGCACUUUCACAGAUGUCUGGAGGUCUAGAAAUAAGAUGCUGAGAAAACAUUGUGAGCCAAUGGAGAUGACAGAUUAAACAAGCUGGAUACAAAAAUAGGAGCUUUUUAAAAUACAAUCAUGAUAGUGAUUAUAAAACGCCUGUCUGAUACCGAACAGAACAUCCAUUUUUAGACACUUCUCUGUUCUCUGCAGUGGAGAGGCCUUUUCCCUGGGUUGAUCAUAAGUAGGGGAACAUCAGGAAGAACAGAGCAUUGUGUUUAUAAUGUGCCACUAGUGGUUGUUUUUGAUCGAUAGCAGAAACCCCUUUCUGUCCCUCUACACAAAGACAUAUUUACUCUAAAGUCCAUUUCCAUGUUCUGUUCAUUUGCUAUGAUUAGAAACCAUCUGAAGUAGUGCACUCUACUGACUGGAGUCACAAACACAAAAUGACUGAUGCCUUGCCUCUCUGUUGCAAAUGCUGUCCAUACCACAAUCCCCUCUAUGGAGCGAAUCUAGGUCAUAGUCCAGCCAAACCCUCACCAUGUCACCUCAUGCCAUCAAAACGACUGACCCAAAGGCAGCCAUUUUAAUCUCAGGUUGACUCUAGUGUUUUUGUUAUCCACAUCAGAAAAGGAUGGCGUUGCGUAAAUGGCUAAUCCUAUUCUUUUCAGGGAGACUUGAUGAUGUCAUGGCUCAGGCAACACUAAACUAACAUUUACCCAAGAAUGGGGGUAAGAAUAACAUUCAGCUAAGCAACACAGAACAUCUGAAUAAUGGAUUGUAUGCAGCGAGAGUAAUUUGUCCCUCUCUUUAGAAUCAUCAUCAAGAAUCUUUUCCCUUAACUUUGGAGCAGUGUGUUUAUCUACUUGAUACGUACAGUGCCUUGCAAAAGCAUUCACCCCCUUGGUGUUUUUCCUCUUUUGUUGCACUACAACCUGUAAUUUAAACUGAUUUUUAUUUGGAUUUCAUGU